AUGUCAACUCGUUCAUCCUCUGGUCAAGAGAACUUUCGGAUGGCGAACCCGUCGGUUUCGUCGCAGCCACUGGGAGGAAAGUCGCGUAAAUUCAAGCAUGCCAUCGGUGGACUCGGUUUUGCCAGACACAACCGGGAGGUUGUCAGCCAGACGAUCAAGGAAAACUCGCUAAAGGUAGUAUUUGUGGUCAUUUGUCUUCUCUUGGUUAUCUGUUUGUUCCGCACACAGGCGAAGCCAGAUCUGGUGGCGCCAAUCGACUACGAAGCGUUCCUCACCCAUAAUCGCUCAGUGAUAGAUGCUCACCGUCAUCGCGACAUGCUACUGUUUCCGGAUGAUGACAUCUCCAUAAGUUCACAAAAGGUUGCGACUCGGACGGCGGUCAGCUCGGUCAUCGACUUGUCCAUCGAAGACAUCGAACAACCGCUUGCUCGCCAUUGCAUCGAAACGUUUACUUCUGACUGGCAGCUUGUAACUUUCAACUAUGUCAAAUGCCAGAAGCUAUGGGCAUUUCAGUCGAAUACUUCGGUUGCCGACGUCGGUGCUGUGGUGUACGAAGUGGACAUUGCAGACGCCGAAGGCACCGACGAGGUAGGGUAUCCACAAAUAUCAUCCAUCUGGUGCUCGGCGUUGUCGGUUCUCGUUAUGUGUUGA